AUGCCAAUGUCAAACGCGCCGGAACCCGGCGGCCAUCCGGGAAGCGGCGGCGGCGGCAGCAGCAACACCGGCGGCGGCCCGUCCACAGCGUCAUCGUCGGCACGCUCUCGGCCGUGUGACACCUGUCGACUCCGCAAGACGCGCUGCGUGAGAGAGGAGGGCCAGCAUCGUUGCGUGCUGUGUACCUUUCACAACCAGCCGUGUACCUUCUUGCGCGGGCCGACUCCCCGUCAGCGUCGCCUGAACCGGGACCGGGAUAGACUGGCGUCGUCACGAGAUGCUCUCGACGACCUCGGCGGCCGUUCUCAGGACCUGGACUUUGGCGAUACAGCCGCCUCGCCGCCGCUGCAGGCCGGCAAUGGCGCCGGUCCCUCUGGGGGCUCACCGUCCUCGAGCCGCCAGGGCGAUUCGGCCUCGACGCCGGCGAGCGUAGAGAACAACACCAUGUCAGGCCAAUCGCCUUCUCAGCAGCAGGUGACGGGGUCCAAGGACAAACGGGAUGAAGCUCCUCCCCGUCCCAAGAUCCUCAGCAACACUCUCGGUCUCGAUCUCAAGACCCAUGCCGAGUACAUCGGCCCUACUGACUACCGCGACCCAUUCUUGCUCGACUUACACCGUCCAACCCUCCAAUUGAACCAGGACGGGUCUGCUCCCCCAUCUCUUGCAACCUUCUCCCGCCGGUUGAACCACAGAACGGUCUUCCUAGUCCAUCCCGACGAAUCUGCUGCGUCCGAGACCCGCCGCAUCGCUGACUUAGAUGCCAUCGAGGCAACAGUACACCCACUGGGUCGCACUCUGGUGGAUCUAUACUUCCGCAUUGUCCACCCCAGCUUCCCCAUAUUACAUAAAGAUGUCUUCAUCAGCAAGCAUCGCCUGUCACAUCGACACUUCGCCCCAUCCCUCCUCGCCGCCGUCUAUCUUGUUGCUUUGGACUGGCAGUUAUAUGACAGUGCGCUCGCUGGCCGCGAGGUCGAAUCCAUCCCAGACCCAGCUGCUCUCGAGGAGUUGGCUGAGCGUACCAUGGCUCAAGACAUGCGUCGUCCAAAGCUCAGCACUCUGGAAGCCGGACUACUCCUUCUCCAACGCAACCGUCGCAUCGUCGAGUCUGGCAUCUAUACCAACCCCACCUCGAGCCGCAUGUUCACGGCGCAGCUCGUCGCCAUGGCUCAGGAUCUGGGCAUACACAUUGACUGCAGUUCGUGGUCCAUCCCGGCUUGGGAAAUCGGACUUCGUCGGCGGUUAGCAUGGGCGUUGUACAUGCAAGACCGUUGGGGGGCUUGUGUCCACGGCAGACCUUUUCUCAUCCAAGAUUCCGACUGGGACGUCCAACCAUGCUCUUCCUCCGACUACCCCGAGCUCGUGACAACGGACGAUGGAAGUCCUGAGAGCAGCAACUCGGUAAUCUCGAUAGGGUGGGAUCUAUUUCUCCGUCAUAUCGAGCUGACUCACAUCCUGAGCGACGUCAUUCGUACUUUUUACAGCGCAGCAGCAACUCGUACUGGCGGUACCAUCGACCAGAUGGGUGUCGUAGCUGCUGUUGAGUUGGCAAAGCCCCUCGUCUUCCGGCUACGCGAAUGGCAGGCAUGUCUGCCUCAACAACUUCAACUUCAAAGCACUAAACUCCGAGAACUCUGCGCCAACGGAGCCCUACACCUCGCCCACGCUUCUAUCGAAAUUGCUCUCCAUCGAGCUCUCGUCCGGAUCAUGACCCCAGACACGCCAGGUUCUCUCUACGACGUUCUGCGGUCGACUGCUCGAGCUAAAUUACAAGGAGCUAUUGAGUUACUGGGAUCAUUACGUCCAGAGCAUACGGCUGCCUUCUGGGGAAGCCAGGCAGCAUAUCAGGCCGCCGAGGUGGGUUCCCUGGCUGGGUUGCUCUGGGUGACAGCAGACUCAUUCGAUGAGAUGGCAUGGUGUGCUUCUCGUGUCGACGAGCUUAGAUGGGCUCUCAGAGUCCGCGGUGCUGCUGCUCCAUUCGCCAGAGAGGCGCUUCGCCUCCUCGAGCGUGAUAUUGGUGGACUCGGUAUGAGGGGAAGCGCACAAAGUAGUGAAGCAGAGAACACAGCUGAGCCUGUGCUGAAAGCGGAAAUGAAGGGCAAGGAGGGGCUCGUAUCAAAGAAAAAAGCCUUCCGUACCGCAGCUGUUGCAUCGUUAGUAUCUAGCACGGCCAGUGCAAGAUUGCGGAAGACGCCUAAAUAUCUCAGAGUCAGACAAGGUGGUGCACACUUUGGAGCUGAUUGCGACGUUCAUUUAUGGCGGGACAGAAAAUCGAUGAUAUCCAUGAGGAAAUUGCCUUGGGAAGGGGAUGUAUAUACUUACUGGAGGAUAAUGACGAAAUGUCUGGGUGAAUCGGUACAAGAUGGAUAUUUGAACCAUAAUACCCGUAACUUUACUGGAUUUUCUCUCAUCCGACCUAGAAGUGAGGUAAAAGUUUCGCGAGAUUGUUCGUGGAAGAAGAGCAAGUGUAGAAGUCAGCCUCAUUUGGAGACUGCGGGGUUCACCGUGAUGCUAACAGUAGGCGGGUCGGUUCUGUCGACACUGCUCGCAUCGUCAAACCCACUCAUCCAGGACUUGAGCAUCACGGCCUUGGUGCGGAAGCAGCAACAGGCAGAUGUGCUCGAGGUGAGGGGCGUCAAGCCGGUUGUUUUCCGCGAUCUUGACGACGUGGAGCACCUGACGAGCGUCGCCAGCGAGCAUGACGUCGUAAUCCAUACUGCCUCUGGCUUCCAUCUUGGGUCGGCCAUGGCCUUGAUCUCCGGGCUGGGUGCGAGAAAUACGGAGACUGGUGCUGGUGUGCAUUAUAUCCAUACUUCUGGGACGUGGAACUUUGCAGAUUCCUCACCAGCCAGCCACGGAACCAGCCCCACAGACAUCUCCGACAAGAGUGAUAUAUAUGCCACUUUGAAGCAACUGGAGGCACAGACACCUUUCUCUCAGCGGACAACACUGCUCGAAGUGGUAUCUGCGUCAGAGCGCGAGGGCGUGAAUGCGUACAUCCUCAUGCCGCCCGACAUCUACGGCCCUGGGACAGGUCUUUUCAACCAACAUACCAUGCAACUAUUUGACCUCGUCAAAGGUGCACUCGACGCAGGGGGUGCGGAGUAUGUGGGCGGAAGCUCAGGAGGGGCGGGUCAUGUUCAUGUUGAGGACCUUGCUGCUCUGUACGAGAUGAUUCUCGGGUGCGUGCUCGCUGGGGAAGAUGUCCCAGCCGGGCGGGAUGGACUCAUUUUCACGGAGACGGGGUAUCACCACUGGUUGGACGUUUCCAAGAUGAUCAGUGACGUCGGAGCUCGUUCAGGCCGCUGGACAACGGCAGAGCCUGUGCCCAUCACCGUUGAGGAUGCCGCGAAGAAGUGGAUGGGAGGAGAUCUGGACACCCUAAAGAACAGCUUUUGCCUCAGGAACAGGACUAUUCCACAGCGGGCUCUCGAGUUGGGGUGGAAGCCCCAGAAGACGGAGGAUGACUGGCAAAAUUGGAUAGAGCAAACGUUUGAGAUGGCUCUGGAGGACGGGGUGUAGAGGUUUCUUUGAUGGGCUACCGAUCUAUGUGGAGUAUUUUAAGCUCAUAUGCCAAUCUGUACUUAUUCCGGCUUUCCAAGAGGUCGGGAGGCGGAUCAGUUGCCGAGAAAGGAAGCUGUAGGAGCUUCUAGUUGGUGCUAGUGCGAUACGACGGGAUGGCUAAGGCCAGGGAAGGGAAUUACCCUCCUAAUCCAAUUCCCCAUGACCAUUGCUACCAUUCAGAUAAAGCAAUAUCUCAUACAGCGCAUGCAGCGGAC